UUGCCUCUGAUUGGGCUCUGGCGCAUCGUACUCAUACAGUCGAGUCGUUAUCACCCACUUUUUUGCUGUUUUAAAGUUGUUUUUAUAUUUUUUACUACCCCGAACGGGAAUACUUUUCGUCUUAAACUUGGUCUGGAUAUCUCUGCUACCAUGUCCUACCAGUACUGUGCAGGGGAAGCCAUUAAGGGUCGGAGUGGCUGUAAAGUACACUAGCUCUCUACCCCCGACCCCGCUGCCAGGAUGCUCCGUAAGAGCAGCGACGGCGGCAGUGUCAAGAGUGGUCACGCUUCCGCUACCUCCAGGCAUCACUCCAGUUCCCUGACGGGCUCUCUGUCGGCCGGCUCUACCAAGACCUGGGAUGCAGGGCACAGGCGGCGCUCCCACAACCCGCUGAGCGGCGCAGAUCCUUCGGAUCCGUCAGUGUCGGCGUCAUGCCGGCCCGGAGUGGAUCCGGAGUAUGUCAUGAUGCUGGUGAAUGACGUCAGGUGGUUCGCCAAUGUGCUGCUGCACCUCAAGGAAGCCUUCCAGAGUCCAGAUGGCUCGGAAGCUCUCCAACAAAUGGUCCAGGAGCGUCUGGCCGAGCUGCUGCGCGUCCUCAAGGCCGUCAUCGGCAAACACCAGGCCCUCAACUCGGUGGACAUCCUGGGCAAGGCGGGCACGCUCAUCGCCAAGGUGAAAGGCAUCAACUUCAAUGACAUCAGACCCAACAACCUAGAAAGCACGUUUGGCGAGAUUCAUGCGUCCAUCGACACUUUAGCGUUCACCUUCGGCAAUGUAGUUUCUGACUUCCUUAUGGGAGAUGUGGACAAUGGCUCAGGGUUGGGGACCCCCCAGACCAGAAGAAGCCGGUCUUUCGACAACCUCGCCGUGGAGCCCGAAGACUACGCGGCCGAGAAGAACGACCUUGCUGGCCCAGAUGUUUCCCUGUCACGCGAGGAGGAGGUGGACCUGACACUGCUGAAGCAUGACAGCGGGGUGGAGUCAGCUCUGCUCUACGCUAAAGCCUGGUCCAAGUACAUCAAGGACCUGCUGGGCUGGAUGGAGAAAAGAGUGACCAUGGAUAUGGAGUGUGCCAAAAGUUACGCCAAACUGGCAGAGUCGGUCAAGUCGCUGGUGACACAGCAGGACUACAUGCCCUUCAGCGACAUUUACAAUUCCACCUUCAAGAACGACAUUGAGUAUAACCAACUGCUCGUGCAAACCGCCAUGGCCUUGCAGACGAAUAAAUUCAUACAGCCUCUCUUGGGUCGUAAGAAUGAACUGGACAAAUUGAGGAAAGACCUCAAGGAGCAGUGGCAGAAGGAGCAGAAGAAAAUGCACGAGGCGGACACGAGCCUGCGAAAGGCUCGGGCGCUAAAAGCCCAGAGGCGAGAAGAGUAUCAGAAGGCCUGCUCGUCCACCAGCCGCUCCCUGGAGGAGCAGCCCAACGCUGGCAACAAGCAGCUGGAGAGAAAGAGGAGGCUGGAAGAGGAGGCCCUGCAGAAGGCCGAGGAAGCCCAGGAACAAUACCAGAGCAGCAUGGCUGACGCGGGCGUCAGGAGAAUGGACCUGGCCAAUGUCAAGCGCACCAUCCUCACCCAAAUCCGAGAGACCGUUUUCCAGUGCGACCUCACGCUCAAGGCGGUAACGGUCAACUGGUUCCAGAUGCAACACGUGCAGAUGGCGUUGCUACCCGCUCAUCACCAGGCGCUGAGUGACAGCGCCAAGCUGUACGAGCCCGGCGAGUGCUACUCUGAGUUUGUGCGUCGCCUUCCCCGACACCUGCCCAGGGAGCGCAUGCACUCCGACUCGGUUUCUUCAGACGGUGCCAGGUUCGCGUUUGCCAAGCGGUCAGUGGGCAGCACCCACUCCUCCCACGGAAACCUGUCCCAGGCCUCGCUCACCUCCUGCGAUGUCCUCAGCGGCGACGAGGUGGACAGCCCGCUUCGCCGCCGGCCGGGGAUCGCCAAGCGCCGCUCCAACAGCAGCACCGACAUCCCUGCAGGGUUGAGGGGGCAGGCCCCGCCACUCCGAGCCUGGACCUCCGGCAGUCCGGGGAGCCAGGGUGGGAUGUGCAGUGACUCUGAGAGCGCGGGCGGCAGCAGUGAGUCCAGGUCCAUGGACUCCCCAUCUGCCAGUCCAGGCGACUUCAAGCGACGCCUGCCCAGAACUCCUUCCACCGGCACCAUGUCUUCUGCUGACGACCUGGACGAGCGAGAACCCCUGUCACCUUUGGACAAUGGUCUGGCCGAGAUGGUAACAGAGACGGCCAGCUCUCCCGGCCCCUUCCGCAACGCUCAGAUGUCCAAAGCGGCGCAGACGCACAAACUUAGGAAGCUCCGAGCGCCGUCCAAGUGCCGCGAGUGCGAUAGCCUGGUGGUCUUCCACGGGGCCGAGUGCGAGGAGUGCUCGCUGGCAUGCCACAAGAAGUGUCUGGAGACGCUGGCCAUCCAGUGCGGCCACAAGAAGUUGCAGGGCAGGCUGCAGCUCUUCGGCAUCAACUUCACCCAGGCGUCCAAAAACAGCGCCGACGGAAUCCCCUUCAUCAUCAAGAAGUGCACCUCUGAAAUCGAAAGCCGCGCUCUCAACAUUAAGGGCAUUUACCGCGUGAACGGCGCCAAGUCGCGCGUGGAGAAGCUGUGCCAGGCCUUUGAGAACGGCAAAGACCUGGUGGAGCUGUCGGAGCUGUCUCCGCACGACAUCAGCAACGUGCUCAAGCUCUACCUGAGACAGUUACCAGAGCCGCUGAUCCUCUACCGCUUCUACAACGACUUCAUCGGCAUGGCCAAAGAGUACCAGCGCCUGGUGGUGGAGGAGGCCCAGGAAAGCGAUUCCAAGAAGUCCGACGAGCUUAGCGUCCACCUCAACCGCGUGGUCCUCCGCAUUCGGGAUCUUCUGCGCCAGCUGCCCGCCGCCAACUACCGCACACUGCAUUUCCUCGUCACGCACCUCAACAGAGUGUCAGAACAUGCGGAAGAGAACAAAAUGACGGCAAGCAAUCUUGGCAUCAUCUUUGGCCCCACGCUGCUGAAGCCGCGGCAGGCGGAUGCCGAAGUGUCCCUGUCAUCCCUGGUGGACUACCCGUACCAGGCCCUCAUGGUAGAGCUGCUGGUGCGACACUUCCAGGUGGUGUUUGAUGCUUCGCCGUCGAGCCGGUCGGACGCCGCUGCUGCCGGCCGGAGUUCCCCUGGCCUCACCCCGCAGGAGAAGCUGCAGCGCCUCAGCAGACAUUCUGCCUCCCUGACGGACAUCAAAGAGAGUGCCAAAGUGUACAAGAGGUUCUCCUCCGUGAUCCCGUCCUCUCACAUCCUGGACGAGGUCCAGGAGGUUCAGCCCGGAACCGACCGGACGGACUCCUCAGACGGCGUCAACGGCGUCGAUAAGCGAUCGAGCCACGCCGCUCCCUCCGGCUCCACAUCAUCCAACCUGGCAUCAACGGUGCAGCUCCGAGCCCAUCGCUCUCGGCCAGCGUGCCGUCCUAUUAGCAUGCCUUUGGAACGCCUCCCUACGCCUGUGGAGCGCAUCGACCCGGUGGUGGAAGCCAUCGCAGAGACGGCGGGCGUGGAGCCGGCGGCUGCCCGCGCAGGCUCGUCUCGAGUCAGCACCUACUACAUCACGCCCUUCAUUGACACCCGGACCAUGCAACGGCGGACGUGGGACAGGAAGUACAAACAUUACGACGUCACGCCCAGGACCGCCAUGAUCAUGGCAAAGCUGCCCACCGCCAGCGCUUCCGCCGGCACCAUGUUCAACAACAACCCCUUCGCCUUGUCCGUCAAACCCACCUGGGCGUCCGCCGCACAGGAUGACCAGCCGUCUUCCUGCUCGCCGUUAACGCUCAGACCCCCAAGAACUCUGCAGCCCCCGCCGGGGACCUUCUACAAGCCCCCUGUGGGCAGAGCGAGGACGGUCCCCGACUGGACCACCACCGCUACCACCCCCACCAUGGUAGCCACCACAGCCACGUCCCCCAGCUCCCCGCCCGGCCGCCUCCAGACACAGGACUCUACCGACAGCGCCAUUGACCCCGGGGCGGCCUCCCUGUCACCCCCGCAAUCGCCACCCCCCGGCAGCCCCGACGAUCCCGUCGAGACCAAGGCCGUCUACCAAAGACUGCGACCUCGCCGCCUCCAGGAGCUGGAGCACAGAGAGGCCCACUUUGUCUAACAAUUUUUAACAUGCCAUUAAAGCAGUGCUUCUCAAAUAGUGGGGCGCGCCCCCCUUGGGGGGCGCGGUGCUAUUCCUGGGGGGGCGCGUGUGACCCUGGGGAACAGGCUUUUUUUUUGGCAGUACUAGAAUAAAGUGUAAUUGCGCGUUUACUACAGCAGGGGGCAGUGGCGCUCUCAUUGUUACUUCUGUCACGUUUGCGACAGUGCAACAUUUUACGAUUUACAAGACAAGUUAGGAUAGUCACGGUGGGGAGGGGGGGCGCGAAUAGUUUUCUUCUUGCUAGGGGGGGGCGUAACAGAAAAUAAUUGAGAAGCACUGCAUUAAAGUGUUCCCAAAUCUUCUCACUGAACAAAACCACUGAAACAAGAGCCAGCCUAUGGUUUUUCCUUCUUUGUUUCCUCGCUGAGUUUUCCUGGCAUCCUGCAAUGCACUUAAUGCAGCUUUUAUACUCAGCACAAUGUUCAAGCUAAAUGUCUUUGCACCCUUUUAAAUGUUCCUGCACCAAAGAGCGUAAGGGGCCACACGGAAAUAAGAAACAGGAAGGGGGGGGGGGCACAACAUUUUUAUUUUUUUAUUUUUGAAGGGUUUUUAGGCUUUUAUUAAUUAUCAAUGGAUUUGUUAAAUUGAUUGGUUGUCGAUUAAUGGUUGCACCUAUGUUCUUUCCAGUCACAUCAAUUUAUAUGAAAAGUUAUAUAUCAGGAAAAAAACGUUAUCUCAAACCCGAUUUCAUUUUCUCAACAUUAUAACUUUUCUCUGAAAAAAUACUUUUUAUCUUGAAAAAAAGCAACUUUCUAUUUCAAAAAAUAUUUUAAUUUAAUAUUCCAUCUUUCUUUGCUCCUAUCUUCCCAUCACGAUACGACUUUUGUACUUUUGUCAUGUGUUCCUCUUCCGUGUGGCUCUAAUUUGCCUUGGUAAUAUUACUGUCAUGCUUGGUACCUCCCUAUUGUGGAUAUGUAAAGCAUAUUUAUGGAUGGUUUUCCUCUCCAUCCUUCAUACUGCAUGUUUGUUGCGUCUUGUUGCCUUGGCGACCUCACAGACGAUGUGCGGCACUGCUCGCCGCGGAUUAAAAAAAAAAAAAAAAAAAGUUGUCUACCAGCAAAUUUCUGGUUUAUUUCGGUCUACAAUCAAAGCCAAUAUUUUGUUCCUUGUCAGUGUGAUGUUGCAACUAUUUUGAAGAUAAUGUAUAAAUCUUCAAACACAACUUUCUUGUUAUAUGACAAAUUAAAACAGAAAAAGAAAUAAACCCAGCAAAUGACCGCGAUAA